CUUUCUUUUCUAAACUUGGAACUGAAGUGAACAGAAACACGCCUCUCUCUCUCUCUCUCUCUCUCUCUCUCUCGAUUUCUCUGUACAGAGGAGAGCAGGCGAGAUGAGAGGUGUCGGCACUAGUGGGUAGGACCCGCAUUCGAGUAUCAUCUAAUCCCCUCCGAUCCUUUACCCGCAUGUGCUCAGCUUCGUCACCUCCAUCUCUCUCUCUGGCAUUUCCAAUGGAGGGGUGAAUUGGGAGAGUUCUCUCAAGGACACCCACAUUGGAGAAUCCAAGAAUGAGUGAGCUUAUACAAUAAUCCUCUCUACUCUCUCUGUUCGACUCUUUCUUGCUCUGGGAGCAUGAAUUCAGUGACGCGUCUCGACUAUGUUCUGUUUCAGCUCACUCCAACCAGAACUAGGUGUGAUCUGGUCAUCUACGCCGCCGGCGCCAGCGAAAAGCUAGCUUCGGGCCUUCUUGAACCUUUCCUCUCGCAUCUAAAAGCCGCGAAGGAUCAAAUUUCGAAAGGUGGGUAUUCUGUCACGCUUCGCCCCCCGUCUACGGCUGCCGGCGCUUCCUGGUUCACCAAAGCCACUCUGCAGAGAUUUGUGAGGUUUGUGAGCACACCGGAGGUUCUUGAGAGGUUUGUGACCAUAGAGAGAGAGAUUGAGCAGAUCGAGAACUCAGUUCAAUCAAAUGAACUGUCUAACACUGUCGUGCCGGCCGAUACAGAAGGUAAUUUAUCAGCUGCUGAUGGAAAUCCCAAGAAAGUAACUGCUUUCUCCAAGUCAAAAGGUGAAUCCAAUGGUGCCGGUGAUGCUGCAUCAGAAGAAAAUUCCAAGGUUCGUCUUCAACGUGUUCUUGAAACUCGAAAGGCAGUACUCCGAAAAGAGCAGGCAAUGGCUUAUGCACGUGCUUUAGUUGCAGGAUUUGAAAUGGACUACAUAGAUGAUCUUAUCUAUUUUGCUGAUGCUUUUGGAGCUUCUCGAUUAAGGGAAGCAUGCAUAAGUUUCGCUGAGUUAUGCAAGAGAAAGAAUGAUGAUGGCCUUUGGAUGGAUGAAUUAGCAGCAAUGCGGGCAUGCUCUCGCUCCGAAUUGUCUUUUAUGGGAGCAUCUGGAAUCAUACUUGCUGAAGAGGACAAUGACCUUGGUCAAAACAUCACAAUAAAUGUUCACAAUGGUGGUCUCUCUGGUGAGAAGCAGAAUGGUACAAUAGAUGCAUCAGUGUCUGAUUCAACUACUAGUCAUGGAAGUUUAGAAAUUAACCAGGAUAAUUGUGUAUCAGCAGCAGCCGCUAAUAUGCCUCCAACAGAUGAGAAAAGUCAAGUACCUAUGUCAUGGCCUAGUCAUCUUCCUCAAUACCUGCACAAUUAUCAAGGUCCUGUGUUUCAACAGAUGCCCCCAUAUCACGGGUAUGUUUACCCUGGCAUGCAUGGUGCCUCUCCAUAUUAUCCAGGGAAUGUGCAGUGGCCUCCCAAUAGGGAAGAUUCUCCCUUUGGUCCUGAUCAGCGACUUUUUGAUCUUCCGAUGCAUGGAGCAUCUUCCAGAAAUAAAGAGAGAUUUUCACACAGAAAAGAAUCAGAAAAUUUGAAAGAAGAUGCAUACAGGGAGUCCAGUGAAUCUGGUUCUGAAAGUGAUUCAUAUGAGUAUUUAAAGCAUAACAAAAAGCAUUCCUCGAUAGAUCAGGUGCAUAAGAAAAGGCAUGGGAAAACCUCAAGAAAGGUUGUUAUCCGAAAUAUUAACUACAUUACUUCUAAGAGGGAUGGAGAAAAGGGCAGCACCUCUGAAGGGGAUUCAUCUGACGAGGAUGAUUUCAUUGAUGGAGAUUCACUCAAACAGCAUGUAGAGGAAGCUGUUGGGUCAUUUGAGAAACACCAUAAAACAACCACACAUCAUAAGAAACGAGAAAGAAGCAAGCAUUUCAACAUUGUAAAUGGAUCAAAUGGUGCUCCUGAUCAAUCUAUUGAAAGCACAGUUGCAAAUAAUCCUGGAAAAGAAAGUCAAAAUGGAAGUUGGGAUGCUUUCCAGAGCCUCCUGAUGAGAGAUGAAGAGUCAAAUACAGAAAAUAUAGAAAGACAAUCUGUGCAGUUUCAUGAGGAAAAUCUCCCAACCAAAAGCUCUGAGGUGGGAAUUCCUUUCACAUUUCAGAUGGAAGCAGAAAUAAGAAAGAAACAAGCUGUUUCAAUUGAUUCUUUUGUUGUGACAGAGAGAGAUACAGGCAAUGAAGGUAAAACUCACUCUGAAAACUUUGAACCUGCUGAAAAUAUCCAUCCAGUUAUGAAGAAAAGGGAUAGUGCAUAUGAGGAGUUGUUAUUUUCACAAAGAAUUGAAGGAUCAGGUACUUAUUCCAGUGAUACUGUAGCUGAUUUUGCCACUGAAUCUUUCAGACUGAAGAGCAGAGAAAAAGAAGAUUGGUUUGUUAGCUACCAACCUGAUAAAUCUGCAAAUCAGGAUGAAAGCAUUAAAUUCAAAAUGUUUGAUGGGAAUUAUGAUUCAGCAUUAGCAGGAGAUGUCUUUAACUCUGUUGAAAAGAAGAAAGAUGUUUUUGCUGAUGACUCUUUCAUGGUUCAAACUCGAUCAGCAGUCAAUGAGGAAGCUGAUUCCCAAUUAAGGACAGACAUCAUGGUCACUGACAUUGUUGGAGCUGGUCAACUUGAAAAUGGCACAACAGAAAUUCCAAAGGAUAAGGUUUUUGGUGCCCAAGAACCAGAUGACCUUUACAUGGUGCUUGAACGUAAUUCUGCUGUGGACCAUGGUGUGACAUCCUGGACUCCUGAAAUGGACUACGGAAAAGAAAUUUCAGUGAAUGAAACCAACAAGAGGCUUUUGGAUGUUGAAACAACUGCUUAUGUUGACAAUAAUUCACACUCCAAUGAUACAGGCACUAAUGAUAAAAAGAGUGGAGUUCCUAAGAGGAAAGUUCCAGGUAGAGAAACAAGAUCUAAAGCUUUGGGUGGAUCUACAGGGAGAGGAAAGUCUGAAAACGUCCCCAGGAGCAAGAAACCUUCUCCUGGAAGCAAGACAGCUGCUCUGAAGAGCAAAUCUCAAAAGGAAGAAGAGAAUAGAAAGAAAAUGGAGGAGUUACUGAUUCAGCGCCAAAAAAGAAUUGCUGAAAGAAGUUCUGCUAAUGGAUUUAAGAAGACCCCAGCAGAGGACAAAACAGCCGUUACUUCCAAGCACGAGAAAACAAUACUUCAAUCCCCAGCUCCAGAUGUGAAGAAACUACCCAAUCAAGUGAUUAGGAGUUCCACUACAGAUCGCCUUGCAGCCGCACGUAUAAAUCACGAGGCAUCAACUACUCAAUUGAAAUCUGGUCAACUGACAAGAACAACCUCAAAGGUAAAUGGUGUAACUGAUACCACUAUAGAUCGCCUUGCAGCCGCACGUAUAAAUCACAAGGCAUCAACUACUCAAUUGAAAUCCAGCCAACUGACAAGAACAACCUCAAAGGGAAAUGGUGCAACUGAUACCACUAUAGAUCGCCUUGCAGCCACAAGUAUAAAUCACGAGGCGUCAACUACUCCGUUGAAAUCCAGCCAACUGACAAGAACGACCUCAAAGGUGAAUGGUGUGACUGAUACCACUAUAGAUCACCUUGCAGCCGCACGUAUAAAUCAUGAGGUGUCAACUACUCAAUUGAAAUCCAGCCAACUGACAAGAACAACCUCAAAGGUGAAUGGUGUAACUGAUACCACUGUAGAUUGCCUUGCAGCUGCACAUAUAAAUGAUGAGGCAUCAACUAGUCAAUUGAAAUCCUGCCAACUGACAGGAACAACCUCGAGGAUAAAUGGUGUAACUGAUACCACCUUAUCACAGAAGGCUUCUAGAGGUGAGAAUAAGAAACUAAACUUAAAGAAGGUCAAAUCUUCAGACCAGAAAAGUGGCCCAAACAACUCAAACAGUUUGCUUACUUCUAAGUCUAAAAAUGAUGAAAAGAAGGAUCAUAUGGAUGUCACUGCAGCAAUGUCUGUGGAGUUGAGUCCUGCACAACCAAUUCAAUCAUCUGAAAACAUUAGAGAGCUCCACAGCACAUCUUCAAUUGAGAAGGAUGCAGGAAAAUUGAGUUCUCAUAUGGACAGUUUUGAUGAUAAAAGCUGCACUGCUAAGUUGAGCAAAAGGGACACAUCUGUUCCUACUGAAAAUUGUUCUGCACAGUUGGAUUACUUGGAAGGAGAUUGUGGGGUAGCAUCGAAAGCAUCUACAAUUCUUUGUCAAGACAAAACAAGAUCUGAUAAUUGUCAAAUUAUUCAUGAAGUGACUGUGGAACCUCUGCCUACCCCAGCUGAGGAAGCUUGGAAAAUUGAUGAUGAUGGUGCAGCUAAUGCUGAGUCUCCAGUCUCCCCUGAAAUUUCUGAGAUUGAAAUCUCAACCCCACCGCCGAGCAAUGGAAUGAACACGGAACCAAUGCACUCAAGGAAGAAAUGGAACAGUGGUGAAACCUCUCCUAAAGCUGCAAAAGGGUUUAGGAGGCUGCUUUUGUUUGGCAGGAAAAGCCGAUAGCUACUCUGAAUCUUAUGCAAUUGCGCACCAUUGCAUUAAUCCCUCAUGUUGUGUCUUGGUUUGUCGAAGAGCAGGAUGUUCAACAAUUGGAUAGUUUGAUGAAGCUGCCGAAGUAUGCCGUGUGGUUUAUCCAGAGGAAGAAUUUAUUAGAUCUCAAUACACAAUAAGGCCUUGGUGUUGCUGCCAUUUGAGUUAGUAGUCUUGCAGUAAGUUAAUGGAGUUUGGUAUAUAAUUGGGCGAUGGUGUAAAGAGGUAAUCUUUGUGCAGUAUACUAUACCAUCGUUUGCCUGAUGCUUGCAAUUUUUAUUCAAAAUUCAAAUUCGUGUUUGUAUCUAUUUUUUAUUACACACCAUGUACUGAGAUUUAUUGUUUCAGUGUGUUUUCCCCCAUUUUCA